AUGAAGACUUUUGAAAAGUCUCAUGCUUUUAGUUCUUUGCCUUUUACAUGCCUGAUAUCCGAGAUUGCUGUUCGUAGUUUGAUUAUAGCCAUACUUGAAUGGUUCGAUUUAAUACACCUCGUAACCUUACUCUACCAUACGGAUGACUCAGUUACCUUGAGCAAACUUAGUUAUUCUCCGCUUUCUUUCAUACUUGCCCAUAUUAAACAUGCCCACAUUUAUAGCUCAAAGUUUGAUUGUGCCACCUUAAAUGAAGGAACCGUUUACCUUCAGUCCUGCACUCACAAUCUAAGCCCCAUCUACAGCUACUUCCAUCAGGAACCAAGGAACAAGCAUUACUAUCGCAUCAUGAAGCCAUCGCUCCGCUGGCUUUCACUACGAAAUAUCAAGUAUUACUUCACUCUUGUAUUUCUGAAUCUCACGCUCUCACAGCGUAUUCUUCAAUGGAUGCGACUCGGAUCAUCUUUCCUCACGAUUUGCUUGACGACUGCAUUAUUUAUUUUCCGAAACGAUCCUAAGCAUGCUUAUAUUGCAAGAAUCAACUGUGGUCGACUUAAUGUUGGUCUGGGUCUUUUUCACUCUAUCGGCUCAGCUAUAUCCGUGAGCAAUCAAGAUUUCCGGGCAAAGUUCUUAAAACCAUUAGGAUCAAGUCUUACUGAUGCUGAGGUCAAUAUCUUGGCUGAAUAUACCAAUAGCAAAAUCGAGGAUGCACCCCAGUACAUAGAUUUGGGAGAAAAUGUUUGGUGCUACGGGACUUACGAAACCCAGAAGGACUACUGGGAUUUGGACAAUAAAGGUGCAAAACCAAAAAUAACGACCACAUGCGAAGCCUACACCGACUUCAACCUUUUGGAUAUUAAAGGAAUCCUUAGCUACAAUCAUCUCAGUGUUAUAGUUGCAUAUGCUUUUCAAUGGGAUGGUGUGUCUGAUGAGCAGUACGGAAAGGAAGUAUCAAUUCGCUUGAAGCAAUAUCACGGCCUGUCAAUUAUCAUUGACGUUCAAAUCUUCAUCCAGAUUUUGCUACUCAGUACAGGUGUGUUUGUUUAUGGAAACAGAGGCAAUGCAAAGGACUUGCACAAGAUUCCUAAAAGCACACUUAAUGUUGUUGCCAUCGUUUCCAUCUUGACAGCUUUGAUUAUCACAGCAAGCACUGUCAUGGUGACAUACUCAAUGCAAGAAAUGAAAGCUCGUGUUCAUAAAAACUUGAGCAGUUAUGGAAUCAACAUGACUUUGGGAAAUCUAUACUUCACAUUUAUUUGGCUCACAUUCGGAUUCACCAUCCUUUGCACCCUCUCGUGGGUUGUCCCACUUUGGUGUGCAAAUCCUCCUGAGAACGUGUAUUGGGAGGAAAAUACAGCUGACAAUGCUAGUGGGAGAUUACGUGUUACCGAAGAAGAACAUUACACGAUCAAACCGUAUCAAUUUGACCGGUCAACCAAACAAAACAAAAAAGUUAAACGAUCAGCCUCCAACUUCCUUGAUGAAUCAUAUGAAACGAGUCAAGAAUUGACAAACUUGAGUGAUUCUCUGGACACGGCUGAGAACACAGGCGAUCUCUCCGAGCCAGAAAUGUUUUAUGGACUUGAACUGAGCAGCAGAAUCCACAGCCAGCGUGAACUCCUUAAAUUAGGGGAGAAAAUGUCUUACCGACCCCCCGUUAGGAAAAUGAGUCGCAAGAUACCAACCAUGAAUAUUCCCCCUCAGGAAGAAACUCGCAAACUCCUCUAUAGGGAGAAUCCAUUUUCAGGCCACCAGUAUCCGAAGGCUCUUCCACAAUCGGAAGAAUUGUCUAGUACGGAGCCUAAUAAUCUGCUUUUGAGAAGCUCUUCCGGAGUUCGGACUAGGGUUUUGCUGGACAAUGUUCCCCAUCCAGAUUCUUCUACAGCGGCAGCAGUGGAAAAUCCUUUCUUGGAAGAAAUGUCAAUAAAACUGCAAAAAAGACCCGUUUCCUUUGGCAUGGCGUCUGUACUAAACGAAGAAGAGAUGGACUAUUUAGACCAGAACCAUCUUGUUAAUAGGUUGUGA